UCGCAUGUUUAAUAUGGUGAAGAAUGAAGCCUGUGCCACACUGAGCAGGCUGAAAGUGAGAGGAUGGUUUACAGGUAACUGAUCGAUGAGCGCGUCACCAGCAGGGUCAAAGGUCACAGGAACAAAGACGCAGCUGCGGGAGGAGUGAUCAGGAAGACGAGACGUCAGGCAGACAGGGUCCAGCCUUCAUGCCAUGUUGGGGCGAACCGCCUUCCAUACUGGAUGCUGCAGGUUGCAGCAGUGCUGCUUCCUGUCCUUGCCUCCUCCCCAUCCACCUGAGCUGCACAGACUCCAUUACUCAGCAAGCAGUGGGAGCCGGAAGCUGAGGGCGGGACAGGAGGCGGGGCAGAUAAAUUCCGCUCAGGUCGACCGGAUCUUAAAGGCCAAUGAAUACAGCCUUACCCUCCCCAGAGGCCCCGCCUCCCAUGGCGUUCUGGGUUUUCAUAGCAACAUGUUGCCAUCCAACCUCCCCUGCGAGGACCGUCAGAGCAGCGCCACCUGCCUAGCGGGCCGUGGAGGCGUGUUGUUUGGCGUGUUCGACGGUCACACAGGGCCGGCCUGCGCCCACGCUGUCAGUCAGAGGCUCUUUUACUACAUUGCCGUGGCAGCGCUGCCGCUGAGGACACUGGCGGAGCUGGAACGGGCGGUGGAGGAGGAACGGGCCGUAACACCACUGCUGGAAUGGCAUAAAUACCCCCAAGACCUGAGCUACCCCAAUGGAGAGGUGACGUCCUUCCAUAGCCUCCGGAACUACUGGCAGGAGAGGCUGGAGACCGAGGAGGAGGAUGAGGAGGAGGAUGACAACAGAACGACAUCAGCUCUGGUCAAUGCGUUCCAUCGCCUUGACUACGACCUGUCUGUAGAAGCCCAGGUGCAUCUGUCCCUGACCUCCCCCAGGCAGGUGUCUUUCCCUGGAGAGGGGUUGUCUCUGACCUCCCCCCUCCGGGUGGCGCUCUCUGGUUGCACAGCCUGUGUCGUCCACAUCUCCAACGGCGUUCUACAUGUGGCCAACCUGGGGGACAGUCGGGCAGUCCUGGGCGUCCAGGAGGCAGACGGAAGCUGGUCUGCGAUCAACCUCACCAAUGACCACAAUGCGCAGAAUCCCGAAGAGCUGCAAAGGAUUCUGGGAGAGCACCCAGCGGAGCAGAGGACGGUGAUCCGCCACGACCGCCUACUGGGCCUGUUGCUGCCCUUCCGGGCGUUCGGUGACGUCCGCUUCAAAUGGAGCGCGGAUAUGCUGAGUCGGGUCUAUGAAACUCGACCGGACGUCCUGUCUGCGGUCAGUGAGGCGGUCCGGACGAUGCCGCCGCACUACCUGACCCCACCCUAUCUGAGCACUGAGCCAGAAAUCACCCGACACUGUGUUGGACCUGCAGACAAGUUCCUGGUCCUCGCUACUGAUGGACUCUGGGAGCUGAUGCAUCGACAGACGGUCAUCCAGCUCGUGGGGGAUCAUCUGACAG